AUGUUUACGGAUUGGAACGAGUUCCCCGCAGACGACGAGACCAAUCUAGUAGAGCCUGACACUGAAUCAUAUCACAGUAUACACGCCACCUAUACUUACUGCUCCGAUGACGUCAAAGUUCUGCCUGCGUGGAGUCGUAAAUGCUACUUCUCGGACGAGUAUCCUCUACGUUUCUUCAGGAGCUACCACGACUCAGACUGCGACCACAUGUGUUUCGUGAGAGCUGUGGAGAAAUUUUGUCAAUGCUUGCCGGCAUAUGUCCCUAAUGUUUACCAAUCCCAAGUUUGUAACGUUACUAGUAUCCCUUGUAUGAUGGAAGUCAAAUUACAACUUGGUAAAUGGAUGUAUUCAAAAGAAUGUGACUGUCCAAGAGAUUGCGAGUCGCUACGAUUCAAAGUCGACAUGAGCAUUGGCAAUCUGAACGCUUUACCGUAUGUCCUCAACAAUCCGUAUUCAGGACUGAUCAUCAACAAAAGCACCUCGAUCAUGCAUUUCUUUGUCACGAAUUCCGGGUACGUGAAACAAAGGCAAGAAACGGUCAUGUCUUUGAUCAGUUUGGCAUGUAAGUAG